UAUUAAGAACGAUAUGUUUACCGGCGAGCGGUUACUGUAGCGAAUCACUAACUAAGUAUAUCCAUAUUUCUUCUGAUGUAAACAGCGUUCUCUAGGAAACGGGACCCAGUUUUCCCGACCUAGUGGGGUACUUGAAGAACAAAAAAGGUAAAAUAUCUCUGCUGCGCUUCGUAGCACAGUGUAUUACCACGCAGUCUGCGUAGUAAGCGAAUACGAGAACAACGCGUUUUAUUGAGCGAAUCGAAGGAAGGAUUAUUGAAAUAUUUUGAAAAUUGUAAAAAUCGUCAAAAAGUUGUUUAAUAUUGCAUGUUACCAAAAUGUUUGUUUAAUUAAUAUAAGCAAAACGAUAGUAUCUUGUUUUGGUAAUGGUAUUAUAAAUUAAUAAUAUAGUAUAAUAUAGAUGUAUGAUAAUCGUGAAAGUGAUGUGAGUGAGAAUCGUGCAUCGUAUUUAAGAUUAACAAGACAAUAUAUUUCAAUACAAAAGUCAGCACAAAUCCCUUCUGAAUUCGAUAACAUGGUUUGGACAAAAUUGUUCAUUUACAAUAUUAUUAUUUGGCUGAUAACAUCGUCAAAACUGUUAAUUCGGGCCGAGGAAAAGCUAAAUAGCACACGAAUGGAUUUUAAUGAAACACAAACUUUAAAAAUUCUCCCGGGAAUUAAAUUCUCGUUGACGAAUAAUAAAAUCAUGUUUCACGUGAAAAUUCAAGAUUUACUACAAGAAACGGAAGUGCAGAGUCGAAAAAAACAAGAAGAAAAUCCUUUGAAGAGAAUCGGAUACAUGAUGAUGAUGGCGCCGUUUGUUAUGCAGAUGUUUUCGUUCCCAGGUGCCGUAGCGUCUAUCAAAAUGUCACUUUUAAGGAGUAUCAUGGUGGCGCAAUUAGCAAUCGCAAUAAUGAUCUACAAUUUGAUCAAAAGUACGGAAAGUACUUCGGAAGUAGUUGUAAUCCAUCAGAAGCAUCAUCAACAUUAUUUUCAUGGUUCCAAUUAUCCCAAAGACGACGAAGACGAAUGGUUCGGUAAAUGAAGUACGAUUAAUGUGCAAUAAUAAAAACAGAAUGCAUUUUCUCAUAAUAAGACUGACCAGUUGUGGCUUUCGCCUUUCCAAAGUGACACAUUCAAACGU